AUGUCUCUUACUCGCCACUUUUGCUGCUGUCUUCCCGUGCGACUCGGAGUCUUUGUGCUCUCGCUAUUGUCGUUGAUUGGUGGUGGAAUCUACGCGGGUGCGACAUGGUAUGCAUACUACCUCUCUGAAAAAGAAGACCAUGUGUCACUUACCAAGACUCAGAAGAUCGCGUUUAUCGUGUCUGGAGUGGUGUACUCGAUCCUGGCUAUCGCGGCGCUAUUGGGAUUGAUCGGUGCUAUUGGAAGGAAACGUGGAUUGGUGGCGACUUAUAGUACAUUCAUGUGGUUCCACCUUGCAGCCCAGGUCGCUGUUGGAGCGUUCUUCAUCUACGCGCUGUUCCAGAACAAUAACGAGCUCGUGACGCAAUGCAAGGAGCAGGCGAGUUGUACUAAUACCAAUGCCAACAUUAAUGCUGAUGAUGCGUGCCAGUUGUUCACCAAGUGGGGUCGCGUCGGUGCCAUCAUCUCAUUGGUCGUUAUUCUCCUUAUUGAACUUUACUGCUGCUUCAUUGUUUCGCGUUAUGUGUCUCAACUCACCGACGAACAAUCCUUCCGUGCCGUCAACCGCACUGCCCACGUUGAGGCAAAUGCUGGUCGCUCAUCCGGAUACUACCCGCACGAGCCAAUUCACUCUGGAACCGAGCUCCUUAACAAGGAAGGUCACUCAAACGACUACCCGUAUGCUCAAGCUCAGCACUCGUUUGGCCACAAGGCGUAA